GUCCGAUGUCCACCUUAAAAACUGAGUAUGAGGUGCUUUUUGGUCUGCUUUAUGCGGAAAUUAUUCAAGUUUUUGAAAGUUCUAAUAGUAAAGAGCAAAGUAAACUUAAGAUUGAGAAACUUGGGUUUUGGGUUGGGUGUGUAGUAGCCCACAGAAUCUCAAAGAACCUCACUUCUCUUAAACUUUCUUCUCUGGAAGUAAUGAAAAUUCUUUGCAAAGAUUUUUGGUUGAGACUAUUUAAUAAGCAAGUUGAUAACUUGCGAACAAACCAUCGAGGGAUUUUUAUAAUCCAUGAGUCUCAGUUUCGUCCUUUACUUUUGCUUCACGACUUCUUCAAGGAUCCGGAUCGUCUUACUGAAUUGUUACUGUUGCACACUGGGCUUAUUAAAGGGUUUCUACACGCCUUUAACUUGGAGGCGGCAGUCAGCACCGAGCUGACCAACGCUCCUGCGUGCAUUAUUCAAGUGAAGAUUCCGUAUGAAGGAAGUACUUCGGUUUAAUUAUUAAUUGCUUGGCUCCUAUUACUUUUUACUAUAAU